AUGAGCGCUUUAUCUAUCUUGACUCCCUCUGAUGCCUCUGAUCUCGAGAACAAGGGUCUCCUGGGUCCUCGUACUGGGAGGGGCACUCGGCUGAUCCAUAACCGGCGUCUCAAUGCCCAGGCUGACAAUGAAUAUCAGCACAUCUCGCUCGAUACACCCCUCACUUCUUUGAAUGCCUUUACUGAAUUCCCCGAGUUUCUAAUCUCGUAUGCUACUUUGAUCCACGUUGAUUUCACUGAUCGGAGAGCCACGAACAUCUGGGAGAAGUGGACAAAUUGGUUUCCACAGGUCCCAGCCGUGAGAUUGACCCUCCGCGAGGUAAUCCUCAGUGGCUACGGUCUGAAUCACGAGACACAGCUCGUGAUUAUGGAUCCGAUGUUCAAGUACACUCGCCUCACGAUGUCAUGCCUUGACUGGGCCAAAGAUACAAUCAGAAUGCGAUUUGAAGCUCUCCGCGAUAUGCAAAGAGCCUCCAGAUUGAGAGAUUCUGGCUUAAUCAACCUGGUCUCUCUCACAGGUCCCGCCAGCUUCGGCAUUCAGACUCGCAACGCUCACACCCGCGCUGAGUCUUCUCAGACAGGACAAGGCUCCCUUGGUGGAGGAAGUUCUGCCUCCAGUCGGGGGGGCCGUCUCAAUCGAUCCUCUUCCAGUGUUCAGAGGGAUGGAACCCGCGGUGUAGCAGCUGGAAGCUCCCGGUCCGCGUCUGCCAUCGCAGCUCGGAAUGCCCCUGGUUUCACGAUAUUAUUCAAGGGAGUUGAACAACACCGAGUUGCCAAUCUCUUGAAUGUCAAUGGCCAGAUCGACCGCAUCAGCCCUCUCCGAAGCUGGGCGCCGACAGACUUCAGUGGCCAUGGCGAGCUCUACUACUUCACGCCCGACUACAAGGUGGCCGAGCGAUACGCCGCAUUCGCAAAACGGCGUGGCCAUAAUCUGGCGGUUUGCAUUGUCUCCAUAGCGAUUCCGAAUUCCGCCAUCGAGCAGAUGGAUUCUCCAGAGCUUCUACGCACCUUCUGGCCCAGCCCGGAAUGGAAGGAGCUCAUUUGGACUUGUCGGCGCGGUCAGAUCCAUCCGAGACAUCUCCGCAAGUACAAGCUGGCGACCAUUGUAAUUGGCACUAUAUCUUCCCGCCCGAACGCCUUGUAUGAAACCAUGCAAUCCCCCGCGGGGAUCACUUCCGACUUCGUUCUCAAGGUCGACGACAUGAACCCGAAUUCUGCACCUGCGACUCAAUUUGUUUUCAGCGCUGAAGAAGGCGAGGAGUUCUUCAGAGAGCAUGUGGGACGUAACAUUCGCGUUACCCCCUUCACCAGAUCCGAUCUUGAAGAAUGGGUGAAUGACUUUCGUCGAUCGCUGUCCUAG